AUGGCGCUGCGGCCGGCGGAGGGAGCGGAACGGGCCGGGGGCGAUGCCCCGAGUGCGGCCGGCGCGGCCCCGGAGCACGAUGGGAUGGAAAAUGUACAGCAAAAGAAAAUCUUUGAAGAGAAUAAGGAAAAAGCACAACAGAGAGAAGAGCCAUGUGCUGCUGAUUCCGUAGACUCUCUAAUGGCAGAAAUGCCAUUUGUGGACACAGAUAUUGAAGAUGAAUGUGCUAUGCAUGCAACUUCUGAACUAAGUAUUAAAAAGAAAAGAAAGCGGGCUACUGGAAGGGAAAUUGAAGAGGGCGUUGAGAGAAAGAAGAAAAAGAAUAAGCAAUAUCAUCCAAAUUAUUUCAUUUCUCUUCCAAUUACUAAUCCGAAGAUUACUGGCAGUAUUCAGGCUGUCCAAGAUGCAAUAAUACAAAAGGAUCAAAGGCUUUCCAAAGCAAUGGUUCUCUCUGGCUCAUUGCAUGUCACCAUGUUAGUGAUGCAUUUAUCCAGUGAAGAAGAAAUUCGCAUAGCAGUUGGUGCUCUUUCAGACAGCAAGAUUUUUGUAGAUGAUCUCCUGAAAGGAAAAAGAGUGGAUUUGUCUUUUCAAGGAAUUGAUCACUUCAGAAAUCAAGUUGGAUUUGUGAAUUUGGCAGAAAAUGAUGAUACAUCACUACUUAAGGAAAUAGCAGAGACUAUGAAAAAGAUAUUUCAAGAAAAGGGGAUCAUGACAGGAGAAGAAAGGGCUUUUAAACCACAUCUGACCUUCAUGAAGUUGUCAAAAUCAACAGAGCUACGUAAGCAGGGUGUGAAAAAAAUUGACUCUAGUCUGUAUGAAGAUUUCAAAAACCAUUAUUUUGGAGAUGAGAUCUUGCACCGCUUUGAUCUUUGCUCCAUGUUGAAAAAAAAGCAACCAAAUGGUUACUACUACUGUGAGUCCUCUAUUGUUAUUGGUGAAAAACAAGCAGCAGAGCCAGACGAUGCAGAGCUGGUGAGCCUCAGCAAAAGGCUGGUGGAGAACGCGGUGCUGAAGGCCGUGCAGCAAUAUUUAGAAGAAACACAAAACAAAAGCAGGCAGACUGAUGGGAGCCCUGCAAAAACUGAGGAGGCAGCGAGCGGCAGCAAGAGUGACAGUGACAAUGAUAACAGCAAGUGA